AGCAUGUGGCGUCGUCUUGAUGAUCAGUUUGUGCACGAUGAUUCCUUAGUCCGUUUGAGAGUAUCCUCUGCCCUGUGCAAAGACUCGGUGGGAAGCACUCCUGAAUGCGCACAGCGUACGUGCCUGCUUGAACUGCAUCCGUAGGGUCAGACGCAUGAAGGAUGACCUGUCACUGUACAGCAUUCUUGGCGUGAGGCAAGAUGCGUCCCUCAAGGAGAUACGGGCAAGUUACUUCGUCCAAGUGAGACAGCACCACCCUGACAAGCUCGCUGCUGUCCACGAUGCUACAAUCUCAACCACACGGGGCUCGUCCGAAUCAGACGAGCGCAUCCGGGUUUUGAAUCAUGCAUACGAAGUCUUGAGUAACGUUCAACUCAGAGCUGCCUACGAUGCAUCGGUUCGUCAAGCUCGGGAAAACCAAGCCGCAGAAGCGACUACAUCAAAGAUCCGGAUAGCCGGCGAAAUCGAUAUCGAGCUUUUUGAAGUGCUGUUGCCUGAAGGACGUCCCAUGGAUCAACAAGAAGCCGCUGAUGAUCAAAGCGAGAGGUGUGAUGCGUCGUUUAGUCAUCCGUGCCGGUGCGGCGGCAACUUUGUCGUCUCAUGGCAACAGCUCGAGAGCGGACUCGAUACGAUUGCCUGCCAAGGCUGUUCCGAGGCCAUCAGGAUCAAGUUUUAACCCGUCGAUGGCUUCAGGACUGUAACAAUUUCCCGCAAUUUCGUCUGAUGUCCGACUUGAAAUGCGUUUCCAAUGCCAGUGGUUUAGGCAACCAUUAAUCUGUACUACAAGCACGCCGUUGGUGGCUGUUUUUGAACUGCCUGGGGGUGAUCCAGCAUGCUCAGGACCCUCGUCCCAUGGCCUUUUCCAUGCGUCGGACGGCACUGGCCCACCAUCUGAGACUCUCAUAACGCAUCGCGGGGCCCAGUCCUUGG